CAAAUGUUUGCUCCAAAGGUGAUGUUCCAAACGAGUAGGCUCGCCAAACAUCCGCUCGGCUGAGAUUGGUCCCUGCGACAGCAAAGUGUCGCGAACGAGACCCGCAGGCGUUUCCCCUCCCUCGUCAGCCAUCCAGGCGCAGCUCCGCGCCGCGCCGCGUAUACAUAUGUAUUACUCGGAAACACGACAUUGAGCCCCCCCCCGCAGAAACGGGAUUUCGGCCGAGCGCAAACAAGAAAGGGCGCAGCACUGGGGACCUUUAAGCACAUAUCUCUCUGGCAUACAACGAGGCCUCUGGGCAUGCACAUCGGCAUCCUCGCCUGAGCGCCGCGCGCGAUCUGCAGCCGCAGCGACGUGCCCUUCCCGUGUCUGUCGCUUCCGCGUAACCCACGCACGACUUUGCUCCGCGCAAACAGCGCCGUGCCACGAUGCAGCCGCACCCGCGGGCAAACGCUGCGCACAAUGCAGGAGCUGCGUCGUCUGGCACCAUGCGCAACGCAAACGGCAGCAGCAGCGCUGUUGCCAAUGGCUACCAUGAGGACCACCCCGCAGGCCCUAUCCUGCCGCCUGGAGCGCACGCAGCGCCGCUGAUUGCACGUGGUCCGCUGCCGCCCUCGCUUCAAUUCGGCCAGUCACGCAUCCACGACCGGCCGCAGUCAUCCGUAUACGGGCCAUCCACCUCGCAAGGGUUCGGGUUCAAGACCUCAUUCGACUCGUCAUACAGCGGCCGCAGCCCGUUGCCUAACGCGCUCGGGAUAUCGCCGACCUCAGCCAAAGGUGCCGCCGGUGCCGAUGGUUCGUGGUCCGGUGGCUCCGGGCGCACGUCUGCCCUUGGUUCAGAAGUAGGGGGGAUCGGAAGGAAGGGCUCGGUCGCAAGUCUCGAAAAUGGUGUUAGCCCAGGUUCAGGCAGCAGCCCAUCGUCGAGCAGGGCCGGUGGUGGCGGCAGCGCCAUCCGCUCACCGGAUGGACGCGUCCUCUUCCUCUCCACACCAUCCCCUUCUUCCCGUUCACGCUUCUCGUCAAGUAGCAGCACAGGCUUCAUGAUGCCCAUCAGCGGCACCGGUGCGAGGCAGAAGGUCUCCAUCGUCAAUCCCGGCCAGCGGAAGAAAGCGGCGAUGGCUGCAGCCAACGGCACGGAUUUCGCCCGGUGGCCAGAGGAGAAGAAGCGGGGAAACGACCAAGCACAGGAGAACGCGAACGCUGCUGGCGCAGCUACGGGUGCCCAUGAAGGCGCGGAUGCCAGCGGCACCGCGGGCCCCUCACCUGCAAACGGAGGAAGCAUGGCGCAGGUCAAGAUGGCAAUGAGCGCAAGGACGUACUCUACCACUGCUCCUAGGCAGGGGCAAUCGCUGCGCGCGUACAACGCGGCUAUGAAGAAAGCGCAAGCGGCCAAUGGCAGCGCAAGCGGGACCGCGGCGCCCACCUCAUUCGAGGCGGGGCCUCAGGAUUUCAUUCUUGGUAGCACGUCCGCUGGGCAAAACGCUUCACGCUCGAGCUCCAUUGAUGGCGGCUUCAGAGGCAGCCCAAACGGAGCAGCCGCACCAUCCGCACAUGCUGCGCCUGUGUCUGGCACACUGGAUGGAGAGUACAGGGGCCCGGUCAGCAUCGCGAGCCUGCGUGCAGCGAAAUCCAAGCGCGACGCGGCUGCUGCCGUCGCGUUCCCUGCUAGUGUGGACACGACUAGUGCCCCAGAAUAUUCAACAUCGGGAUCCACGUCGGGUCCUUCCGAGGCUUUGUCAGCUGCUGCGGUUGCUGCUACAACGAGCAGCGGCCUCACACAUGAAACACAUAGCAACCGCUUGAACACACGGCCGACCGAGCGCAACAUGCCCACAAGCCUCACGCCUGGCUCACCAUCGGCGACCAGCGACAGCACGAGUUCAGGCGGCUUGCUCGUAGGAAGGCUCGGUGAAGAUGGUGCUGGCGGUGCCGCACCCAUGAUUGACUUCGAGCUGCCAAGCGAAUCAUUCUUCUCCAUGGCUUCACCAAACGGGCGCUCGCUGCAGCCUUCUCAAGACGACACGCUCGACACUUCUCCCGAGACUGAUGCCGAUAAAGCUCUGCCUCCGACACCAAAGACACCUGUAUCCGGCCGGCAAUCUCACCACCAACAGCAGCAGCAGCAGCAGUCCCCGAGCAAGGCUGCCGAAGAAGCCAGUUCGAGCCAAGAGAGCUUGAAGCUCAACCCGCUGUCGCAUGGCGUGUCCGAUACCGCAUCUGACACCAGCCACGAGAGUGCAAAGGGUACACCGGACCGAGGACGCGCCCUGCCUCAGAAGCCGAUGCGUUCGCCCGAACGACCUGCCGCUUCGGCGCUCACGCUCAAACCAGGUACGCUUGCGCGCCUGGAGAGCAGCGAUUCGCGCGCGACGACGACUAACGAGGCAGUCAUGCUGCAACCCGCCUCUGCUGCAACUGCUGCAGCGAGCGUACCUCCCGGCGCCAAUCUAGCGAUGUAUGUGCCUCCUGGUGCACUUUCGCGUACACGCAAGCGCAAAACCCAUCCUGCGGAUCAGCAUGGAAUCAUACAUAAUGCAUCUGCGGUGCGCAACAAUAGUCGCUUCUCUGGCAGCACGACUGGGUCCUUCAGCACCCCUAUCCGACCGGGGUUUGACAUGCCGUCCAACAUCGAUGAGGAAGGUGAGGAAGAAGAGGAGGAUGAGUAUGAGGACGAAGAGGAAGAGGAAGAUGAGAUUUGGGAGAACGACCAUUCGGCUCUAUCAAUGCAAGGCUCUGUCCUACCCUCGAGCGCGUGGACGGAGGUGGAAGAUGCGUUACUCCAAUUCCAAGAUAGUACGGCAGCGGGAAUUGAUAAGGGCACGCUUCUGCGCACCGUCCUGCUGCCAUUCCUGCAGCUGGAGGUCGAGCGACCGUAUGUUGCGCCAGAUAGCGACAGCAGCUUCUCUGACGCGCGCAGCCGACGUGGCCUGUUCUUCGAAUGGAUUGGCCGGCUGCUCAUCGAGCUGCAGCACGUGCAGACGUCAGCAGAUCGUGGAGCCAUCCUCGAAAGCAUCGCGUUCAUACUUGAAUCGCGCAACCUCUCGCCAAAAUUCCUGCAGGAAGAUCUUCAGGACAGCCAGCGCUUCAACUCGGUCUUUGGACAUAUCCUCACCUACGCUAUCGGCGAGCUCAAUAAGAAGGGUGUAUACCAGAACACGCUCAUAUUUUCGGGACGUUUGCUGGCCAUCGCGUUCUUCCGCUUGGAGGGCGUCGCGAGCAAGCUUCUACGAGCGCUGCCUGUGAAUCGGUUUGCCCUCGAGAGAAUUGCGGCAGAGGCUUCGUGGGAAGAAAUGCAGCCGCGCGACUUUGUCAAGUUCAAGUCCGUUUUCCCCAAGCACCUGAGAAGCCACUGCUUCCAAGAUGUGCGCACGUAUCUUGUGCAGCUCGACUCGCUCGGCACGGAGCGAGUUUCCGAAGACGACGACAGAUACCUCGUGCGCCAGGACGAGGUCGAGGUUGAGAUGUCCGGCAACUGGCUGCGUCGCUGGCAGUCAGAUGAUUCCGAGCUCUUCUUCAGCUUCUGUCGCAACUACCACCGCCAAUUGGCAGCAAUGAUGUACAGCAUGCGCUAUAAGAACAAGUUCUUCGGCGCCCCAGGUUACGCUCACCUGGCUACUUGCAUCCACCAGAAAUGUGUUUCGCUCGUCCAUCGUGAAAUUCUUUCCGUCACCACGCUCUCAUCGCAGAAGAACUUCAAUCCUGGCGAGACCGCCAACGUGCUCUCAGGCAGCACAGCUGGCAAGCCACGUCACCUUGAGGCUGCCAAUCGGCGAUGCACAGCGAUCGUGGUCGACGUGGUGCGCGCUCCAGGCAUUAACAAUAGCGUCUUUAUGCCUAUGAUUCAAACACACAUUAAGUGUUUGAUCAAGCGCACUUCGCUGUACGAUGUUCAGGGUGUGUUCUGUCUGCUCGAUUGGCUGGAUUCGGUCUUCACACAGGUCGAGGCAGCAGAGCUGCAAGUGGAGGACGUUCUGGACGUUUCCUUCAUCAUCGACAUGGUCGCCUUACUCCUCGAAAAUGCGGAUCAUGCACUUGCCCUGAUGCGCACAAUCGCUUUCUGUUAUGCGAAUUUUGGCCUUCUGAUUUCGAGCAAGCGAAAUCGAAGCCGCUUCUGUGAAGAGAUCCUGCUAAAGCCGACCGUGUUCCACAAGCUGUUCCUCUCGUGGUCGUUCACGAUCAGGGCUUACUUCCUUCACCUUCUUGUCUUCCGCCUUGGCCAUGUCACUGAUUUUGCGCCGCCGAAUGAUGACAUCAAGAACAGCACGGCCGUAUCCAUCGCUCGCUUGUUUUCUCAGCGCUUAGAUGAGAUCCGCAAGCGACAUGACGAGCUUUCUCCAUCCGACCGACAGAGCAGUUCGGAUGAUGAAGCAGACGACGAGAGAGGGCUUAGGCGACGCACAUCGUUUGUUUCCACAAUCCGGAGAACGCCCUCAAUCCAUCGCGCUGAGCUCAAUCCGACUGCAAAAGCGGAGCGAGUCCUCGGAAUUGGUCUUCCUGACCCUGCCAUCACUGCUACUCGCGGCGAGAACAAAGCGUCGAGCCGUGCAGCCAAGUGGCUGCGUGCGCUUGGCGGCAAAGGCGGCAAGGGAAAGCCAACUCCCGUUAAGCCGAGCACGCCUGAUUCGCGAUACAGCGUUUUGACAGUAUCUCCUGGAGAACAGCGUAGUGGAAGCCUUUCUGCUAUGCUGGAAGAGUCGGAUGACAGCGGAGAUGACAGUCCGGACGAAGUUACCCUCCCGCGAACCGCCAGCAGCCAGGAUACGAGCAGUGAGACUCCCUCCGUUGCUUCACCAAUUACAAGCGACCAUAUCGCCACGGAUGCUGCCUUCGACCUCCAGUCACCGACAGCGGCAUCACCGCAUCCGAGCACGCUGUCCUCGCGCCGCUCAGCAUCACCACGGGUCUCGCGCGCGUUUUCCAAGCGAUCAUCCUUGGUGCCUGGUCCAGCAUUGGAAUUGGUCGUAGACGAUGAUCAGCCACCGGUACCCCGACUCCCUGAGCACCUGCGUCCGCGUGGUUACGACAAGUCACGACAUGUAUACGCUGUCCAGAGUCUGCGCGAGUAUGAGCAGACUGUCCAGGAACACGACGACUUCAUGAAUUCCCAGCCCGAGGGAGAGCGAACUGCAGUGCCUCGCCUGCCCGUCAAUUGGCCGGCAAUGUGGCAAGGAGACUAAGGCUCAUCGUAGCAGCUCGAGCACGCAAAGCUCAGGCGUCGGAUCUGCUUUUCAUGCAUUUACUUUGCACCCGAACUCAAUUGUUCUAUGUAUACAAACUCAACUGCUUUUAUGAACCCAUAAUGCCAUAGUGCGAAAUGAAACCCACUACCGCAUUUGCAAG